AUGGGUGGUGUUACAGGCCACAGUGGAAAAUCAGCAAUGCAAGGCGGCAUUGGAGGCGUGUCUAAGAACAGAUGGUCGAUUCUGAUACCCCUUUUCGUGGCUCUCGUUGUCGUCGCAGAGAUUGCAUUAUUGGGCUAUCUCAGCACGGCGGAAAAUGCAGCCAUGUUGGACUCCUGGACUCGCGCAUUCUACGAUCCGUCUACCGUUUCGUCUUCUUCUUCUUCUUCCACGUCGGCGGCAGAGGAAGAGGAAUCCGAUGCGUCGGGUCCUGAUGAUGAACGGGCCAAACCCAGUAAUUGCGAGGAUUGGUUGGAAAGAGAAGACGCCGUGCCGUACUCUAGAGAUUUUCGGAAGGACCCCAUUUUCGUUUCCGCCGCUCCACAGGAGUGGCCUUCGUGCUCUGUUGGGUGUAGGUUUGGUUAUAAACCUGCUUCAGGUAAGAAACUCGAUGCUGUAUUUGGUGUAUCUCGAGAUCCUCAAGCAGUUAGAGUCCUCCGAUCCAUGGAAUCCUCGCACUAUUAUGCACAGAACAACCUUGCUGAGGCACGAGGGAAAGGGUAUAAUGUUAUAAUGACAACUAGUCUCUCCUCAGACGUCCCGGUUGGCUAUUUUUCAUGGGUUGAGUAUGACAUCAUGGCACCCAUGCUUCCGAAGACUGAGAGUGCCCUUGCAGCUGCUUUCAUUUCCAAUUGUGAUACACACAACUUCCGUUUGAAGGCCCUUGAUAUGCUAAUGAAGAUGGAUAUUAAAAUAGAUUCUUAUGGUGCAUGCCGUCAGAACCGUGCCGGCAAUGUGGAAAAGGUAGCAAGUUUGAAACAUUAUAAAUUCAGCUUGGCUUUUGAAAACUCUAAUGAGGAGGACUACGUUACGGAGAAGUUCUUCCAAUCUCUUGUUGCUGGCACUAUCCCUGUCGUCAUUGGCGCUCCGAAUAUCCAAGAUUUUGCCCCUUCUCCCAAGUCAGUUUUGCAUAUCAGGGAGCUGAACGAUGUUGCUCCAAUAGCCGAGAUGAUGAAAGACCUCGCAGCAAAUCCUGAUGCUUAUAAUCGAUCAGUAAGGUGGAAGUACGAGGGUCCAUCUGAUUCUUUCAAGGCCCUUGUGGACAUGGCAGCUGUUCACUCAUCCUGCCGACUUUGUAUUCAUCUUGCAACAAAGAUCCGAGAGCAAGAAGAACAGAGCAUCAGGUUCCGGAAGCGCCCCUGCAAUUGCACCAAAGGCACAGAAACCAUUUAUCAUUUGUUCAUGAGAGAAAGAGGGAGGUUUGAGAUGGAGUCCAUUUUCCUGAGGUCCGGAGAUCUGACCUUAAAAGCAAUGGAGUCAGCGGUGCUUGCAAAGUUCAAGUCCCUAAAUCACGUGCCCAUCUGGAAGCAAGAGAGGCCCCAGAGCAUUAGAGGGGAUGAAUUGAAAGUUUAUAGAGUAUAUCCCAUCGGCAUUACCCAAAGACAAGCUUUGUACACCUUCAAAUUCGAGGGUGAUGCCAGUUUCAGUAGAUAUCUGGAGAGCAACCCUUGUGCGAAGUUUGAAGUUAUUUUUGUAUAGCAAUGCCCUCACACAUUUCCUAACUUCCCAACCACUGCAGCCAUCAAGCAAAUACUCACACCCUUCUUGAAAUGUUCAGGUAUUUCAGUCCGUUUUGAUUUUUAAUCUUUUUUAAGGCAUCUAUUCUUUGUACAAUCAAUAAGAAUAUUGAAUUAGACAACAAAGUUUAAGUAAAACAAACGAUGCAUGGUGUAACGGCCAUUGCAUUAGGUACCCAUCGUUGGUCCGUCGUUUUGACUUUUGAGUUUUCUAUGUUCCGACAAUUUGCUAUGAUGAUGAUGAUGGAGGGGGUAAUAAAUCUCAUGUGUGUUUAUAGCCAGGCCCCCCUGCACACCACCUGUUCCAAUGUGGCACAUGUGUUGAGCACUUGAACCAUCCAUAGAUGGGCCCCACUGCGGAAAUGCCUGUUCUAAAAAAUCAGGGUGGUACACUCCUAAGAUUUGCCAUCUCACAAAACAGGCAAAUGACCAGCUAGAGAGAAUUUAGCUCUGUGUUGAACUGUUGCCCAUCUGAUGAGUAGGCUGGCCUGAUUUCUGGGCUAGAGCAUCCAUGUGGUAGGCCUGCCUGAUGGAAGGCUGGGAUUUUCUGCACAUGCAUGACAUUGGCGCAUGUAAAGGCAGUAUGGGGCUGGGGUAUAUGCAAGCAUAGAAAUGUUGUAACAGUUAACCAUAUAAACCUGUAUAAAAUGUGUAUAAUUUGGUGUCAUAGGUGAGUCA